AUGAAGAAUCAGCCGCUACUAAGCAAGCCAUUUCUGACUUCCUUAUUCCUCGGAAUAGGUGGCUUUCUCUAUGGCUACGACUCGGGAAUCAUUACGCCGAGUUUGGCACUGAAGUCCUUCCUGGUUUACUUCGGGCAGCCCGAUGCUGCCACCCGUGGAGCAAUCGUCUCGGUUUAUCAAGCCGGAGCAUGGCUUGGCAGUGCUUUGGUUGGCUAUACCAGCGACAGGUUUGGCCGCCGCAAGGCCAUAGCGUUCGGUUGCAUCUGGGGUGUGAUCGGUUCGGCGCUCAUGGCCGGAGCUGCCCACGUCGCUAUGCUUAUUAUGGGCCGCCUCUUAGUUGGGUUUGCUGUUGGAACAGUUACAGGCGUGGCUCCCGUUUUUGGUGCUGAAAUUGCAAAGACACACGAACGCGCAAAGAUCACAGCAGCGAAUCAGAUGAUGGUUGCCUGGGGAUUUUUCGUCGCGUUGUGGACCGGAGUUGGCGAAGGUAAAUGGAACAAUCCUAACCAAUGGAGACUAGGAUUUGCUAUCCAAGGCGUCCCAGCUCUUCUACUUGGUCUCGGAGUUUUAUUUAUCGGUGAAUCCCCAAGAUGGCUGUGCCUGAAGGGUCGCCAUGAAGAAGCAAAGCAAGCUUUCCGCGACUACCACUACGACGGGUCUAACGAUACGUGGGUUGACGCCGAAUUCACUAUUAUCCAAGUAAACAUCGAAGAGGAGAAGAAGGCCCAGGGUCGCCUAUCGUGGGCGGACCUUUUGAAGACUCCGGCAUUCCGAAAGCGCCUUUUCGUAGGAUCGUUCGUAUGGGCAGCUGCUAUGUUAUCGGGCAUAUCAUUUGUCCAGUACUACCAAACGGCAAUAUACGCGACUCUUCAGUUUGACCAGAACGAACAGCUUCUUGUUAGUGGUCUUUACGGAACUGUCGCGCCCGUGGCUUGCCUUGCGUCUCUCUUCUUUGUAGAUCGAAUCGGCCGAAAGAAGAUAUUGAUAACGAGCUCUGCUCUCCUCUCCCUCUGCUAUUUGAUAAUUACUAUCCUCGCCGCAGUCUACCCGGCACGUCCCGGUUUCCCCACAAAUGUUUCGGCGCAAAGGGGUCUCAUUGCUUGCAUCUUUGCUGUUUCCGCAAACUAUUCGGCUCUCCUUGGUCCGAUGACUUGGAUCAUUCCUCCCGAGGUUUUCACUACCGAGCUACGAGCUAAGGCGAAUGCUUUGGUUCAGGUCAUUCACUAUUCUAUCAGUCUAGUUAUUACGCAGUGCUCGCCCAUCGCACUCGCAGCGGUUGGAUGGAAAUACUAUAUCCUAUUCAUCCUCACCAAUGCACUUUGCGCUCUGGUGUUUGCCUUUGCGUAUCCCGAGACAAGAGGAAAAUCGUUGGAAGAGAUUGACGAAAUCUUUGGGGAUGUUAAAGUGUUUUACAGUGGUAGUGCCAAGUUGGCUAAUGACGAGGAGAUUGCGGUCGAAACUUUAGAAAUGGUUUCCGCAUCCAAGGAAAAGAGACUCGCUAAGAAGGCUGCCGAUGGCAAGGGUGAGAAGAAGACUCUUGUCUCUAGAUCUAAGGCCGGCUCUAAGGCUGCAUCCCAAAGCACCAGUGCUGCAGGUUCCGUCGCCGGCGAUGACCCUCCUGAUCUCGACGAUGUUCCCGCGACCGAUGAUGCCAAGAUGGAGAAGGUCAAGGCACUUUCUAACCAAAAGGACAAGCAUGGUCUCUCCGAUCGUAUCACCACUGGUGUCCUGGCAUCCGUGGUCACCAGCCGAGAUGUGAAGAUUAUCAGUGCCAGUUUAACCUUCCACGGUCGUGUCCUCCUUAACGAAACCAACCUUGAACUCUCAUUCGGACGCCGAUAUGGAUUACUGGGCGAGAACGGUUGCGGAAAGAGUACCCUACUUAAAGCCAUUGCUGCGCGAGAGUACCCCAUUCCUGAUCAUGUCGACAUUUACCUCCUCAAUGAGGGUGCACCGCCCUCUGACCUAGGUGCCCUCGAAUGGGUUCUCAAGGAAGCUGAAAAGGAGAUGGAUCGUCUAGAUAAAUUAGCAGAGCAGCUACUCGAGGACGAGGGCCCUGAUAGUCCUGUGCUGAUGGAUAUCUACGAGCACAUGGAUAAGAUGGAUCCCUCCACCUUCGCCACCCGAGCCUCCCUUAUCCUAACGGGUCUUGGUUUUAACAAGGAUACCAUUCACAAGAAGACGAAGGACAUGUCUGGUGGUUGGCGUAUGCGUGUUGCCCUUGCUAAGGCGCUCUUUGUUAAGCCUACCUUGUUACUUCUUGAUGACCCAACGGCGCAUUUGGACCUUGAAGCUUGCGUGUGGCUUGAGGAAUAUCUGAAGAAGUGGGAACGUACACUGAUUCUCGUCUCUCACUCUCAGGAUUUCCUGAAUGGAGUGUGUACUACCGUGAUUGACAUGCGAAAGCAACAGCUUAUGUACUACGGUGGUAACUUUGACUCUUACGUCAAGACCCGCAAGGAACAAGAGACCAAUCAGAUGACGGCCUACAAGAAGCAGCAAGAGGAGAUCAAGCACAUCAAGGAGUUCAUCGCCAGCGCAGGUACCUACGCCAACUUAGUGCGACAGGCUAAGUCUCGACAGAAGAUUCUCGACAAGAUGAUUGCCGAUGGCCUCAUCGAGGAAGUCAAGGAAGAGAGGGAAUUCAAAUUCAGAUUCACAGAUGUUGACAAGUUACCCCCUCCUGUAUUGUCAUUUGACGAUGUCACAUUUUCGUACUCGGGUGAAGCCAAGGACGACUUGUACCGCAACAUCGAUCUCGGUUUCGAUAUGGACUCUCGAACGGCCCUCGUCGGUCCCAACGGUGUUGGAAAGAGUACACUACUACGUCUAAUGACCGGAAAGCUCUCCCCGACCUCUGGAUCCGUCCGUCGCCACACUCAUCUGAAGCUCGGCUUGUACUCUCAACACAGCGCUGAGCAGCUCGACUUAACCAAGAGUGCUCUAGACUUUGUCCGUGAUAGGUACCGUGAUAAAUCACAGGACUACCAAUUCUGGAGACAAUGCCUUGGUAGAUACGGAGUCUCUGGUCCCGUUCAAACUGCGCUGAUGGGCACGCUAUCCGAAGGCCAAAAGAGCCGAAUCGUCUUCGCUCUGCUUGCUAUUGAUUCGCCAAACAUGCUUCUCCUUGACGAGCCUACAAACGGUCUGGAUAUUCCCUCCAUUGACGCUUUAGCAGACGCUAUUGAGGCAUAUAGCGGUGGUGUAAUUGUCGUUUCUCACGACUUCAGAUUGCUCGACAAGAUUGCAAAGCAAAUCUUGGUUUGCGAAAACCGAACAAUCAAGCCGUGGGAUGGUUCAAUAGGAGAAUACAAGAACUACCUGCGUAAGAAGAUGUUGGCUGCCGGUGCAGUUUAA